AUGUCACGAAAAGCAUUGCCUAUUCCACAAGUAAUUAAUGAUUAUAAUAAUUAUAUGGGAGAUGUUGAUCUUGCAGAUCAGCUUAGAGACACUGUUCUUGUUAAUAGUAUUAUUCUUUAUUGCAAAGUUACAAAUACAAAGAUUGCAAGCAAAGACUUCCGAAUUGCUCUUGUAUAA